UGUCAAUAAAUUUCAUUUCCAAGUUCGGUCGCUCAUCAGACCUAAACUGCAGAAAAUAAGCAAUUUUAAUAUUUCUACCUGGUCGAAGUUGCUUAAAAAUUCGAAGAUAGUUUCUUAAAGAUUCGAAGAUAGUUUCUCAAAUUUCCAGCAAUAGUGCAAAUGUGUGUUUUUAUAUAUUAAGCUAAGUAGUGGAUUGCCUGUUUUUAUUUUCGAUGCAGUCAAAUCAAUAUUCAGAAGAUUCAUUGUUCAAUUAUUGGAAUGAGUUUGAUGGGGGCCCUGUCGGCUAUCCUCACACACCACAGCAUCCUCCAUCAAUGAUCGUUAGUACGCAAUUUGAUAACGGGAAUUUUAAUUUCCUGCCGCCUCCGCCAACUGGAAUACCAUUUCCAGCAGGGUUAAUGGUACCAAAUGCAUGUCCAAAUCCAAUGCUGGGACCAGUUUCUCGAACUUAUCCACGGUUUCAACCAUCUUUAGCAUCGCUUCAGGCAAUGCAACCAGGAUCACAACCACCUCCUGCAAUAAUACCAGCAAAUCAUUUCAACUUCCAUCCACCUCAACAACACUUUCCAGUAGGUGUACCACCGGUGCCUGUGCCUGUAGUUGUGGACAAUCAGGAGCGAACACAUUUGAACGAUAUGGGUCAAAUGGAACAAGUCGUAGUAAAAAAUGGCCAAGUGUUCCAUAUAAGCUUUAUUGACGAGCCUGUUGAACCAGAGCCACCUGCACUACCAACACCAACUAGUGAAGAUACAGAAAGCGAAGAAAGUCAAUCGAGGGACUGGAUCAACUACGACGAAUUACCGCUUUUGCAUAAUGUCUGCAAUAGCGAAAAUGACAAAGGUACUCACAAGUGUAAACUAUGCGGGAAAGAGCUUGUAUCAGCUUUGAACUUGUACGUCCACGAACAAACGCACAAAGUUACACGACUUGACUGCAAAAUAUGUGGCAAACGUUUUAAUCGAAUUGGAAAACUGGAGCAUCAUAGUCGUAGGCAUCAUCAAGAAGCUAUAUCGGAAGACUUAACGUCAGCAAAUAGUCCAUCAAGUAUGCCGCUUCUCAGUGAUUUCAAUAACUACUGUGUCGAAUGCGAAGAAUUUUUUAGCAGUACAGAAGAGCUUCAAAAUCACAUGGAAGCUAACCAUCGCCUAAUCGACGAUUCCAAAUCUCCCAAGGGAUUAAAGAAAUCGAUAGGGUGUCUGUACUGCGACGAAACAUUCGAAUGGCCCUGCUUGCUCAGAACGCACAUGACAAAACAUACAGGUGAAAAACCGUUCAUUUGCGAGCCAUGCAAUGUCUCCUUCCGGUUUGUGCAAAGCUUCUAUCGCCAUAAUCGACGGGUACAUGGUCGUUACAAAUAAUUAGAUCUACCUGAAAAUUGACGCCCCUCCCUAAAUCUUUGGCAACUUCAUCUACACGAUUAGUAAUAUUUAAUUCUAAGUACAUAGUUUCAACAGUAGUUCGAUUAACGAUUGCUUCGAAAAACAUUUUAGACCGAAAAUGAUUGAUAUUAUAACUAUCAGAUUUUGACGUUUAUUACAUGAUUGAGAUUAAUUCAUAAUACUGAUACGAAAUAAAAAUAUAAAACUUAAUAUAAAAGUUCUCAAACGGAGCUAUUCACAAAAUGAAAUUCUAGCUCUUCCUCUGAAAAUAAAUAUUUUUUGCUUUAAUAAUCCCAGUCAUCCUUAUUAGAAACUUACAACUUUAAUACUUAAUUACGAAGUAAUUGCAAUUCACUAUUCUUUUGAAUAAAAAACUCGUCUGUGUUAAUGUUUUCUAACUUACCUAAAAGAAAGGUCUGUGUUAUUUUAUAGUACCUAUGUUAAGUUAUACAUGUACAUUAUUAAGAAACACAAUUUACAAAAUGUUACCAUUGUACUAAAACGCACAACUGUAUUGUUUCUACCAUAGAAUAUGCGUUAUCAUGUGUCACGAGGAAAUAUUUCUUUGUGAUGAAUUAUUUCUUACUUUGAAUUAUAUUUUGGUAAAAAAAACAAUAUCAUUUCGAAAAUUUCAGAACACAAUGAAUUUUUGUUGAAAUAAAGAUACGCAACAGCAGCAAUUUUUAUUCUGACUGUUUUAUUAACUAAACUCAUAUGUUUUAAAUAACUGUGUGCUUCCUUAAGUUGAUAAACGUUGAAAGUAGACAAAUUACCAUUAUGUUGCAGCAAUACAUUAUGAAAUACACACGAUAUCAUAGAGUAAUUAUUUAUCCGAAAUUUCUUGUCCAACCUUUCAAUUUCGAAAAAAUAGCUUCAAAAGAUAUUCCUACGUUUAUCAAGCCUUGCUUCCAAGUCCUGCGGGUGACCUUACGAACUUUUGUUCCGGUAUAUUUCCAGCUUUCUCGUAGUCUUGUAGGAGUAGCGCUCCAUAUUGAUGAGAAAAUUAUCCGCUUCAAAAAUUGACUAUCAAUCACCGCUGGGGGACGUUGAGAUGAAUGGCAGACUAAUAUUUCACACAAAUUGAUUCGGGCAGCUAAUAAAAGUGUGCUUCAGCGCUUACGUCACAUAUUUGGGAACAUUAAACACAUUUAAAUUUGAAAAAAGUACGGGUGUGUAAUGUCACAGACAUAAUUGGAUGUCGUGAAUACGAAUAUAACUGAAUCGUUAUAUUUUUACUUUCGAAUAUCAAUCAGUUGAUCACUUGUAUUAAAUAUGCCAGCUUUCCCCUUUUUCACUACUAGAAUUUGAAACGAUGCACCUAUCGGUGCUAUGUAUUUUAUACAGCAAUUUAAUAGAAACUUCUUACAACAACUACGAACUCCAACUGGUUGAAAAAAGGACCGCAUAUAGUACAGUAAAGUAAAAUUUCGCACAGUUCUUUGGGAAUAUGUUAAAGAUUCUAAAAAGAACCGACUCGAAGAAUUCAGGAAUUAAGGACUGGAUCUGAGUUCAUGAACUAAACUCAGAACUUAGAACGAUUCAGAAUUCAGUUUUUGAACUGGUUUCGAAACUGAAUUCAGUUCCAACAUGCAGGUUCUGAAUUCUAAACCUGUAUUCUGGAACUAAGUUCCUGAAACAUAAUUUUGGAACUAAAUUCUCCUCCAGACGAUUGAAGUCCAUAUAAAAGCACGACCUGAGCAUUUGAGUCUGCUUUCAUUGCCACCUGACGACCGAAGUCCGAGAGCACGACCUGAGCGUUUGAGGCUUUAUACUUGGUUUGUUCGUACUGAUGUUGGUGGGAGAACCUGACCUCGACAUCCAGUUCCGCCUGAAUCUCUAGAAGAAAUGAACGAUUUUCAAUCAAAGAUUUCCUUUUAUACUGGUCCAGUUGAUAAUCGGAAAUGGUAUGUGCUUGACUAUAAUUCUAACCCGCGGGUUAGAAUUGCUCAUUAAAGACUUAAUAGUUUUAACAAUAACUGUUACUACAAUGUUAUUUUUGUAUCAAAAUAUUGUUUUCACAUUUUCUAGUUUGCUAUAAAAGGAAGUUGACGGUAAACGAUUAUCUAGCUAUCGGGCAGAACUGAUCAUAUCGCUUGAUCCAACAUGCAGGUUCUGAAUUCUAAACCUGUAUUCUGGAACUAAGUUCCUGAAACAUAAUUUUGGAACUAAAUUCUCCUCCAGACGAUUGAAGUCCAUAUAAAAGCACGACCUGAGCAUUUGAGUCUGCUUUCAUUGCCACCUGACGACCGAAGUCCGAGAGCACGACCUGAGCGUUUGAGGCUUUAUACUUGGUUUGUUCGUACUGAUGUUGGUGGGAGAACCUGACCUCGACAUCCAGUUCCGCCUGAAUCUCUAGAAGAAAUGAACGAUUUUCAAUCAAAGAUUUCCUUUUAUACUGGUCCAGUUGAUAAUCGGAAAUGGUAUGUGCUUGACUAUAAUUCUAACCCGCGGGUUAGAAUUGCUCAUUAAAGACUUAAUAGUUUUAACAAUAACUGUUACUACAAUGUUAUUUUUGUAUCAAAAUAUUGUUUUCACAUUUUCUAGUUUGCUAUAAAAGGAAGUUGACGGUAAACGAUUAUCUAGCUAUCGGGCAGAACUGAUCAUAUCGCUUGAUCAAGCGCAUUUCCAAUGUAAUUAAAACAUAUCAAUAUCGUAGAUAAUCGAUUAACGCCCUGAGAGCGAUUAUUAGCACAGAAGAAAUUGAAACCAAACGAAUUUUCACGGGGCAAUUCUUGGAACCAAUUUUGUCGAUGUAGGUGAUGCAGGCGACCAAUUAAAUUAAUACAUCUAAGAUCAAAAACGGCAAUUUAACAUAUUCCUACUAGUACAUGGAUUCUCAAACCCCAAACGAAAUGCGCCUAGAUAGGAAGUUACCAUCGCUCUCAGUCAUUUGGUUAUUUCUUUAGCUAGGUUAAAAUAGUAUGACAAUUAUUGAUUAUUUCAAUCGUCGUUAUGAUCGAUUUACAUUACUAUCAUCGUUGCGUUCGGAUGAUAACGAAUUCAGAUGUCCCUUACCGGAAGAUCAGGCGAGCGAAAAAUAGAGGAUUUAGCGAGAGUGGGAGGUUUAAAAGGACUUCCGGCACAUGGAUCGGGUCUAUUUUGUUAGAUACUCUACUAUGGUGAAAUGGAAAACCGUACAAAACAAAAAGAAACAAUUCGUUCAGCUUCCCCGAAAGAUGCUGAACGAUCUACAGGUGCCAAAAUGCACAUUUAAAGAAACCUCUAGCACCACUCUGCAUUCCCGGAAGGAUUCAGAACGAUUCGCAAUAUGUAUGAGCAGAAGUAAAUUCGACACCCAAAAAAAAAACAAUACAGGAAGGUUUCAUUCACUCCAGGAGAACAAUGAACCCUCCUUACUACAUUGGGUGAGAAACAAUCAAUUCAAGAUUUCCAUACACAAAUUGAACCAUAUAUGUUAUGGAGAUCCAAAAACCCGGAUACGUAGUUGUGUCAAUGUGGAAUAGUUACAUAUCAGAUGUUAUGAAGUACCGUAAUCACAUUCAUUUAAAUCACACGAAUAAUAUUCAGUACGCUCUGAUCAGAAUACUGCAGUAAUACAUGAAAAAAUUCAAUUCAGAUAUUUUGUCAUUUUCAGGUUCAUCUGCGCCAUCAGCCCAUUAAUUUUCAGUAAAUACAGAAUGACUGGGUACCCAUAAGAAGUAAACAGGUUAAACUGCCUUUAAUGUUGAGCCGUUUACACGAAUUUCUGAAAAAAUUGAAGCGCUGCUCAGCGUGGCCCAACAAGACAAAAAGGUGGUAGUCGGAGGGAGCCGUGUCCGAAGAGUAUGGAGCAACAUCUCUUUUGUCUUAAUAUUCUGGUUUAUUUUUCGUAAUCUUUCAUUUGUUCAAAUCGUUCAUUUGUUGUUGUAAUCGAACGCCGAUAACAGUUUAACUAGGUUUCAGCAGCUCGAAGUGGAACACACCGGUCUUGGCCCACCACACAUACAACAUGCCUUCCGACGGUAUCGAUUAGGCCGUAUUGUCAAUGUCGAUGUUUAGCCUGGAUUAUCCAACGAUUUCUUACAUUUGGAAAUUACAUUUCAUUUCAAAAAAUCCGUUUUUCGUCAACAGUGAUAAUACGAUGUAGGAAAGACUUUCUUCUAUAUCAUUGAAACACUUUUUGAUAUUUAUUUGUCUCUUGGUCAGUUCAUGCGCCACGUCACACUUCUGAAUCUUUACCAUGGCUUGUACAUAUAUGGAAAUUUCUUGCUUUUGAACGCCCAGUAAGCUGUCGUAUAUGCUCAAAAUUUGGAAAAUUUUGAAAUCUCUGACGCGCGAUAAAAAAUGAUUGAAAAAACUUUUUUGGAAAACGUCAACAUAGUUUCAACUAUCAAUACAACAAAAUGACAACUAUGUUUUACCAAAAGCAAAAAAACUGUUUCAAUGCACCUAAAGGUGUAAUGACGCCUUUCUCAUAUCAAUCAGGUGUUAUUCUUCAAAACAAUUUUCUUCGAUUCUUGAAACAAUAACCGGAAUCGGUUUGUUUGGCCGUAUACUAAUAAUGGAUACGAAUUGGAGUAGUUUCGAGACCGAUUUAGAAAAUUGUUUACGUUUUUAGUUUCGCUGCUUCAAGUAGGGGUAUACAAUUUUUAACAUACUUCAACCUAUAAUUUCGGAACUGGAAGUCGGGUCCAAAAUAAAUUCAGAAGUUUUGUAUAGGAUCAUAAAACCAUUCAUUUGAAUCUAAGUUUGUAAAAAUCGGUCGCGCCAUCUCUGAAAAAAGGGAGUAAGUAAUUUUAAAUUGAAAUUUUUACAUUAAUCACCCUAUAACUCCGGAACAGAAAGUCGGAUCCUAGGGAAAUUUUUGCACAUUCACAGAUCUAAACAAAAUUCAGGAUUUUUGUUUGGAACCAUAAGAACAUUUAUUUGAAUCUAAGUUUGUGAAAAUCGAAUUCUAUGAAAAUAAUAUUCUAUGUUUGUGAGAAUCGGUCCAGUCAUCUCUGAAGAAUCCAUGUGAAUUCUUUUCUGGAGUCAUAUGACUUCCUGUGUUCGUAAUUCCUACUUUCUACUUCCUGUGUUCGCAAUUAAAAAUCGUUGAAAAAAAUUCUAUUUUUGCCAUUCUUGUAUAGAAAGGUUAUGUAAUCACUGUGAAAAUCGACUUUUGAACCGUGUCAUAUUUCAUUCGACGCAGUUCGUCGAGUAAGCAAAAUGUCUGUGUGUGUAUGUAACGUUUUUUUACCCUAACUUUUCUCGGAGACGGCAGAACCGACAUUCUUAAACUUAUGUUCAAAUGAAAGGUCUUACAGUCCCAUACAAAACACCUGUUUGUCAGUAAGAAAGCGGUUAGAUUUUGUUGAACAUCUCGUUCAGUUUGUUAGAACGGUAUUUUGUUGUAUUUUUUCCUACAAAAAUAGUGUGGAAAUUGGGUGUUUUCUUCAUAUAAAAUUAUUAUAAUUAUUCUACCCAAAUUAGAAGUAUUCGAAUGUAGUGUAGAUUAAAGAAAAAUAGCUAAUAACUUCAAAAAUUCCCCAGCAGAAC